UUGUUAUGACUUGAUUUUAUUUACAAAUGCAGUAAAAUAAUUAAUUUUCUCGGUUUCUUUUUUUCCAUUAAUAUUAUUUUCAAUGACUGAAGACCAAGGUGCCUCCGCAAAUGAACUCAUGCUGGCCUUGUGCCGUGGUGACCAAGAAGAGGAAUUAGAAAAAUUAUUAGAUGAAGGUCAUUGCGACGUGUCUUUUGUCGAUGGAGCAGGUAACUCUGCUGCUCAUUAUGCUGCUAAAUCUGGUUCGAUUGGUUGCCUUGAAGUGCUUGUGAAUCAUGAUGAAGUGGAUCUCGAUAUUCAAAAUACGUUGGAAGGGGCCACCCCACUUCAUCUGGCUGUUCAAUAUGCCAACCAAGAUCAUGAAAUGGCUGCUGCCAUGGUGGAACUAUUACUGGCUGGAGGAGCCAAUCCAAAAAUUCAAAAUAGAAAUCAAUUAACACCCGCCAUGUUGGUUAAUCCUCAGUAUAAGGAUAUCAAACAACAAUUAGACAGUGCCAGUGUUGCUUAUGAUAUGGAUGAUUCUGAUAUUGCUCAUGAUGACGAUAUGGAUGACAGUGGUUCUGCUUCAGAAGAAGAAUAAAAAAGUAUCUGUUUUAUUUUGAAGAGAUCUUUCAAUCAAUACCAAUCGAGUUUUAAAAACUAACAUGACCAAGUGCUUUGUUUUUCAUCAUAAUAAAGAAAGACUUGUUCAUGACAAGAUCAUUCAAACAAGACAUAUCUAUAAACUCGACAGUCUUUUCAUAGGUAGAUUCAUCUUU